AUGCGUCACAUCAUCGCCAACCGCCUUACGAUGAGCGAGUUAAAGUGGAAGAAACAAGACGAACUCAUGCUCGAGAUGCGCUACGUCCGCCCAGAUGGCUCAUCCUGGGGCGCCGCCUUUGACCGUGUCGCCCUGCCGCGCAUCAAAGCCGCUCUGCAAAGCCGUCGCCGGAUCCUCGUCAACCUGGGCGCUACUCCCGAAAAGAGUCCCACCGGCGAAUGGGCACCUUGGGUCGAUGGCUUUUUGCAUCCCGACUGGUCUGGCGUUGCUGCGAACAUGUCUCGGGAGGUUGGUGAGUCGCUACUCGAGGACUGGAAGAAGAAGAAGAAGAAGCAGGGCACCGACGACGACGACAACUGCCACCCUAGCAAGCUUGCUGCUUCUCGGCCGAGCUCGGCCAUGAUCGAUCCCUCGUUUGUCCUCGGUCCCGACGACUCAGUAUCCAUAGUCGGGGUCAACCAGCGCGGCUCUCGUGGCAUUCACGCUCGCAGCGUCGAAGAAAUCGAAAUGGACCUUUUUGAUGGGGCUCGGCAGCUGUUCCAGGCCACGCUUCGACUUGACCGACUUCGAUACGAUACUCCGCCAUCGCUCCCAAGGCCGAUCGAUGCACACAAUGGUGAUACGGAUGAGCAAGAGGUUGAGGAUACAGAAGAGAUUAAGUUCGAGCGCGCGGAGCGCUGGCAUGUCGUGCGUCAUCUCAUCUGUCUCGAGAGGGAGCUUGACGAUGCCUGGCGCCGCCAGCUGUUUGGCAAGGACCAUGAGGACAUGGAAAUGCCCUCUGGUAUUGUUGGCAUGCUCUGGCUCAACUUUCUUGGUGCUGACGAGGACCGUUUUCUUCUUUCUCUGAUUCGGGAAGACUUUGGCGGGUUUGAUGUUGAGAGUGUCGCGGCACGUGUAUGUACUGGCCAAGAGUUGUGA